GCGAAAAAGCAUCAGCCGUCUCUGUCAGCUCGCUGCUGCCUCUGUGACUCCUGUUCGCUCCUUUUUCUGUCUUUCAUCUUCUUCUUUUUACAUUUCUUUUUUUCCUCCUCUCUCUGCAGAAGCCGCUGCCUUGCCCCCCCCCCCCUUGAGCCGUCUUUGCAGACAAAAAGCUGCCCAACCCCACCAGGUCUGAGCAGACGUUUCAACUCGUCUUGUUUCCUCCAUCAGUGACGACAGCUCUUCAAGUUAGGUGACCUGUCCCCUCCCCGGUGUCCCAGCAGGCAGGCAUGGCAGACGGUCGGCAGCCAGACGAGCACUGGGCCUCAAACGGCCAGGAGAACGGCAACAAUGGCUACUCCGCCUACAGCUCUGCCUACAGGGAGAAUGGAUACCACGGCGGGGCAGCUGCACACCCUGGAACGACAGUGGAUGACUCAGCCAAUUUGCCUCCCUCCCCUCCCCCCUCUCCAUCCGCUGAGCAGAUUGGGCCCGUGGCACAAGUAUCCUUGAAACUCACAGACCAACCAGAAGAAAGUAUCAGUAAGGCAUCUUGUGAGUCUGCUAUGAAAGAAGAUGAACCCCAAGCGACACCGCUACAUGAGAAGCAGUUGGCAGUUGAAAGAGCAACACCUGAAGGUGCAGAACUCGCCUCGAUUGAUCCUCCCGCUCCCUCAAAUGAGCAAGGUGAUGAAGACACAAAGAAUGUAGCAGAAGAGGCUGCUGAGAGCCACCUGCUUGUGGAGUCCAAAGAAAAAGAAGCAAAACAACCUCUACUGACAGAGGAGUUAUCAAGUAUUGAGGAGAACAAAGAGGGAGUUAUCUCACCAAGCAAAUCAGGAGCCCCUGUGGAUGAAAGCGAGGAAAAACCCAGGACGGUUGAGCACAUAAAUAACAAGGGCCAAGAUAGUGGAAGUGACAUCAUAUUGCAUGAGACACUAUUGCCUGACAUUCAAAAAGGGGACCAAAAGCAAGAAACAGUCGAGUCAAGUCUAGAACCUGUCACAGAGUUAAAAGCAACAUCAGAUAUUUUUGUAGAAAAGGAGUCUGGACCAAAAACCUACUUUGAGACAUCGUCAAAAAGCCAAGAAGACGAGUCAUCACAAAGCCAAAGCUAUUACGAACUCAGCACAGCAGCAGAGAAAAAGUUAAGCGAGGAAUCUAAAAGCAUUGAGCAGAAGCUCGAGGAACAACAGGAGAAAAAAGCCAAAACACCUCCUGGUAAGAUGUCACUUGAACAAAGAAGCCUCUCCUUGAACAUUACUGUUGGGUCUUCGGCAGGACAGACAGUGAAGGAACAGAAGUCAAGGACCUUGUGUCCGAUCAGUGGAAGCAUUGAUGAAUCUGAGGUUUACCCUUCAACACCAUCUGUGGAGAGCCAACACCAGUGUCCUCCAGCUGUCUCUAUUACCCCAACUACCACUGAGUCACCUGAAGAUACCCCCACCAAGGCAGACACAACCUUGCUUUCUGAUAAGCACAAAUGUUUUGAACAUUCAAGCAGCCUCUCUGAGAUGUUAGACCUGGCUGGAGACCUGCCCCGGCCAUCAUUAGAGAGGAGGGAGCUUGACCACAUGAGGCGAAAGUCUGUACCCACUAAUGUAUCAGCUCUGGUGGGGAGUUCUUUGGCCAAGCUUGCCUUGGGAGAUCAAACCUCAAGAGUGGUGGGAGGGGAAAGCCAGCUGGAGGAACUGGGCUACUGUGUCUUCAAUGAGUACUCAGGACCCAUGCCUUCUCCUGCUGAUGUACCCAGUCCUGGGGACUCCCCGCACCAGUGUUUCCCUUCUAUGGAGAGUGAAGUUGAGGAGGAGCUUGGGACCACAGAAGUUGAAGUUGUCCAAAAAGGAACUCAACAACAAGAAGGAAUUAUUCCUGAGAUAUCUCAAAAAACAGUGAUUGAAAAGAGAGAUGUACCAGUAAGGAGUACCCUGAUUCUUGAAAGGGUUGCGACAAGUGGAAUAAAACCUGAUCGCCUAAGAAUCCCCAUGGCUUCUUCAAAAGAUAGACUGACUGAGUUUCGUUUGGAGAGUGGCCUUCCUGGUGACAUAAAGAUCCAAGCAAUCCCUGAGGUAGAUGUUGAAAAAGACCCCUCUAGAGAGGCUUCUCCCAUCCCACCAGACAGUUCCUUUACUUUUGAAAGCAAGGUUCCCCCAACUCCCACCACCCCCAAGUUCCCAGAUGAUACACCCUCAGAAACCCAAGUCACUGGAGAGAAGGCAGGGGAAGACGUCCUGCCAGAGGUUGAAGUAGAGAAGGAUCCAGAGUCUGAAAGGAUUGAUAAACGGUCAGAUUUAGGCAAAGAAAUGCAGAAAUCUGAGCAGGAGGAAUCAGAAGACAGAAGGGAUGAACCAGAAAUGGCUAACACAAACGUACUUACAGCAUCAUCGCAGUCUUUAAGCGAUACCACAGAAAAAGAUGUUGAGAUCCAAAGUGAGCAUGGGACACCUACAAGAUUAAGAAUAGAAAAGAAAGAGACCUCGAAAGAUGUUCAGGAUUUAAACACUGAAAAGCCCUUAGAUGAGAAAGAUGCCCAAAUCCAGUCACAAGAGGUGACUCUGGAUAAAGUUGCGCCAAAGCCACAAAUAUCCUCCCCAAUCAUUAUUAUACCUCAAGCACAAGUAGAUGAAGAACCAGAUGAAGAGGAUGAUAUUGAGAUUGCUGAAGAGCCUCAAGAGGUAAUGGAGGAAUUGCCUGAGAGUCUAAUCAAGGUGAGGCUGACAGUAGGCGAUCAGAUGGUGGAAGUAGAUCCUACGUCUGGAACAGAAGAAUGGAGUCACAGUGCGCAUGAUGAUUAUGAGGACCCUGUGACAGACAGUUCGCACUUGUCUCCAUGCUCUGACCACGAUCUGCCACACCAACCAGAUGAAGGUGGCAGAGAUGAUGGGAUAGGGGAGGAUAAAGUAGAAGAAAACACACAAAUAAAUAGGGCUGAAGGGACGAAAGACGAGAGCGAGGUGGUAAAGAGAGACCUAACAGGGGAGGAGCAAGUUGGUUCCGAUGGGGUAGGUGAAGAGAAAGAGAAGGAAACAAUGGAGGACGAGGUGGGUGAGAGGAUGGGUGAAGAGGAGGUGGAGGAGAAAGACAUCGAGAUUGGUCAGGAGGUGGAAGAGAUCUCUGCUGUGCUCUGCCAGACCAGUCAGGCAACUAACGAUGAAACCACCAUGGACGUCUCCAUCCUAGAUACAGACAGUGGCUGGAUGGAAUCACAAGAUGAUGACAAAAGUAUCAUGACUGAGCAAAUCGAAGCCCUUCCUCAGGUCCAGAGUCAUACCACUACACCUGUGGUGGACAGACCCGCUAAACGGGCCCCUGGCAGAGGAAGGUGCCACCUUGGCACCACUGAGAGUAAAGUGUCCCGCAAAGUGCCCAGCCACCAUCCACCAAGAGAGGAGAUGAAGAAGAAAAAAGUAGCUGUGAGGAGGGCUGACCAGAAUAAGUUGUCAGCCCUCCAAAGUCGUUCUCCGUCUCGAAAGAGUGUAGCCAAAGCGGCAGCCAGACAUCCUAGGCCCGCUCUGCUUCACGGCUCUGCUAGACGCAAGGCCACAGGUAUGGAGAGCCAUCAGCCCCUCAGUGUGGCCCACCAGUCCAGGGAGAGGACCACUGAGAGAGCGUACCGCAGCCCGGAGAAGAGGUCGUCCCUGCCCAGGCCGGCCAAAUCUCUGACUCGCCACAUCCCUGCUUCCGAACAAGACGACAGCACCCCCUCCAGGCCAACCUCGAUCCAGUCCAGAGCGGACAACAGGUCUGGAAGAGCCCCUGGUAUAACAGGUACAGAGUCUGCACGUUCCCGAUCAGUCCGCAGCGGCGCCUCCACCCCCGGCUCCACCGCCGUCACGCCCGGCUCACCCCCCGCCUACUCCUGCCGCACCCCCGGCUCCCGCACCCCCGGCAGCCACACGCCCAAGUCUUUCAGCAUCCUCCAGGAGAAGAAGGUGGCUGUGAUCCGAACCCCGCCCAAGUCACCGUCCUCCGUCCAGCGGCAGCUUAAGGUUCUCAACCAGCCCCUGCCUGACCUGACGAAUGUAAAGUCCAAGAUCGGGUCCACUUCCAACCUCAAGCACCAGCCCAAAGGCGGACAGGUCAUGAUUCCAAGUGUUAAACUGGACUUUAGCCACGUUCAGGCUAAAUGUGGCUCCCUGGACAAAAUCCAGCACGCAGCAGGAGGAGGAAACAUCCAAAUCCAGACCAAGAAGAUCGACUUGAGCCACAUCACCGCCAAAUGUGGCUCCAUGUCCAACAUCCGCCACAGACCAGGGGGAGGUCAUGUGCGCAUUGAGAAUGUGAAGCUUGACUUUAAAGACAAGGCCCAUUCCAAGGUUGGCUCCCUGGGCAACACCAGCCACACUCCAGGAGGGGGGAAUAUUAUGAUCGAGAGCCACAAGCUGAGCUUCCGGGAAUCAGCCAAAGCACGGGUGGAUCACGGUGCAGAAAUCGUCAUCACCCACUCCCCUGGGGUCGAGACAGGCGGCACUUCCCCGCGCCAGUCCUCCACCGACAGCGUCAACAUCCUGGAGUCGCCCCAGCUCUGCACGCUGGCCCAGGAUGUCACCGCUGCCCUGGCCAAGCAGGGCUUAUGAGCGGGCUGCCUCCGCUUAGGAUACCCUCCAAAAUCCACACCAUUACUCCUUUUUCCAUCAAUCUCAUUCACUCUGUGUUCUCCCAAGGUCCUUCACUGCAACACUUGACCCCCGCAAGUUCUACAGUUGUAGUGAUUGACUGUCGCGUCCAUCAACAACCCUUCCAGCCCUCCCAGUGGGAUUUUAAAAACUGAAUUCUAAGAUUAUUCUUUAUUCACAAUGCCCUGGUCCCUUUCUAUAAUGUUUCCCAUUCAUUUUCGUUCACUCAAAUAUGGACUUUUCGGUUUAGUUUUUGAUGAAUGCUAAGGUUUAAGUGGAUGUGUUUGUCUACGAAGGCAUUGGGCGUUUUACGAUUGUACAGUGAUUUUUUUUUUUGCGUGAAAAGCAUCACAUUCCACUUGUAUGGGGAUAAACUGAGCUCGUGCAUAUAAUGUCCGUUCAGAAUUUAUAUGGUACUGAAUGCAAGAAAUAGCAACUAGAUAGUAGACGCUAGUCUUAAAGAUACAACGGUGUUGAGACACUUAACUUACAGAAACAUGGCUUGUACCUGCAAAAGAAUGGCUGAUGAGCAUGUCCGCUAACAGGUGACAUGAAUUUUUGUUUGUGCGUUGGUUGGUUCUAAUCUUAUGAUUUCCUGAUAUGUGCUGAAUUGUUGGACAAAUUGUGUUCUCUUUCUUUUUAUAUAUGUCACUGUAGUGGAAGUUUUGUAUGUUCCCUGUGGCUGCACUGGCUUAUUAGCACUUAAAUGUGGAUAACCACUGCAGUUAUGUCGAGUCAAGCGCUGAAAGGCUAGCUUUCCAAUAGAUUUUCCUUUUUCUUUUUCGCAAAUCAAUGGCCUGCUCUUUUUUGUUUGGUUGUACAUUAGUAACUUUAUUAGGCUACAACAAUGCUGUUAUGCUGGCAUGGCAAAUAAAUGAUAAAUAAAUUAGAUCUAUUUCGAGCAAUCUUAGUGUAGAUGGCCAUGAUUCAUUCUAGUGUCUAUACUUCACGGUCAGAUCCUCAGAUCCCGAAAAAAGCCCCUUCAUGGUCCUGUGAUCUUUCUCCUUUUGCAGAGACUGGGUUGUACAAUGUGUUUGAAUGGGCAAAGUUUGUUUCAAAAGUGGAAAAAAUAUGAAGCUUUAUAUGAAAACAUUCCAUUAAAAGACCAGCUACCUUGUGCGAUUGAACCAGUAACUUGACGGGAAAUGAAAGCCGAAACGACAGAGAAAAUUAAUAAUGGGAGUAACCCUUCAACCUGCAGCUGUUAGAAUUCAUUUAAAAAAAAAAAAGAAGAAGAAAAGUGUUCGAGCAUAUUCUCUGCUCACCAUUGUGGAACUCCACUGCCGCCCCUUCUCCUCCUCCCCCGGU